AUGGCAAGGUCGUUCCCAAAGGCUGGGAGACGUUUGCAGAGUCUGUCCUUGUCCCUCCCGAUCUGCGGCCAGGGGAUCGUUUUGAUACAAGAUCCUGCUCAGCAGUGGCAGGGACGAGAAAACGGCUGGGUAGCCUACUUGCUUGUUUCCCCAACGCGGUCUUCCAUUGUUGGCUACGCUUUGCGAAAUGAUGUCGAUCACAUCCUGCGAUGGCACAAUGGUGACACUGUUGCAGAAAAGGAAGGGCCUCCCGCUGAAACUGAACUUCUCAGGCCUUGGCGUUUGGCGGAGCUGACGCCUCUGCCCAGUGAGUCGCAUGCUGCGACGAAGGCUUGGCAGGUCAGCUGCCAAAGUGGAUUCCGCGCCCGCCUCACCGCCAUGCGAAGGGAGAUGGAGGCCAUGAUGGAGGCCUCAGACAAGAACGAGCCAUUGCCACUGGAUAAAGCCCUUGAUGCCCUCACCUACGUCCAGGUAGAGUUCUCCAGUCCCAAAGGCGGUGCUGCUCCUGUUCGAGUGCUUGCGCUGGUGGAUACUGGUUCAAAUGAUUGCGACUUGAAGGGCUCCCUAAUUGAUGAACUUUGUUUGCCUGUGGCCAGAGGAGGCACUUCUGUAGAGACGGCAGCCAAUAAAGUUGUGGAGAUCCCAAUCUACCAGGCCAAAGUGCGUGUCCAGGGCCGAGAAUGCAUCGUGAAAGUGAGUCCCGCUGAUGAAGAUUAUGAAGCAAUUGGAGGUGGUGUGUCCACAUCAGCAGCGGAUGAUGUGGACAAGGAGUUUGAUUUUGGCACAACUACGGAUGAAGCCGUACUUGGCGCUGAUGCCCUGGCAUCUUUGGGGCUGGUGGUCGACUGCAAGCGACGGCGCUUGUUGGACUCUCAGAGGUUGUUGGAGCUGCCCAGCGUGCCAGCUUGCCCUCGUGCUGGUCGAAGCAACUGCAUGCAUGUCAAAAUGAGCUUUGGAAAGCCGAUGGCUGAGUCUCAGAAGGACGUUGUGGUGAAAGCCCUCGUGGACACUGGGUCAACCGAUGUGGACUUGCAAGAGUCCAAGAUCAAGGCUUUGGGCCUUGUGGUGGAUGAUUCUGAAAUCCCGGCCCUCUUUGAAACUGCGGGUGGAGUGACAACGACUGCUCCCAUUUACUGGGCCAUCGCAAAACUGGGAAGCAGAGAAGCACGUGUCCGUCUCAGUCCUUCUCUUGCAGAGGAAGAGGAAGACUCGGAAGACUCGGAGGACAGUGGUGAGGACACCCUUCAGGAUGAAGACGCUUUGCUAGGACACGAUGCACUCGCUGCUUUAAACCUCCUCGUCGAUUGCAAGCAUCGGCGUUUGCUGGUGGAAUCUGACCAGGUCAUGCCUCCGUCCUUACAGAUGGAGCAGAAUCAACCGAGUCUCCACAAGCGACGUCGGCAAGGGCCUGCAGAAGAAUGA